AUGAAAAUUUACAACUUGUUGGUGCUCACGUUCGUGAUUGCUCUAUCUGCUCUGACUGCAAGCAGCCAGGCUCAUCAGCCUGAGUGUUCAGAUCAGAUCAAUGGUCUUUCCUUUGCGGAUCCCAUAAGCUGUUCCAGCUAUUACAUUUGCCUUCGCGGACGUGCUCUAAGAAGAGAACACAACUACAACUACGACAACACCCUGCUCGACAACCACCACAAGCACCACAACGACAACUACUACAACAACUACAACCACAACAACUACAACUACGACGACAACAACAACAACUACGACGACAACAACCACAACUACAACUACAACCACAACUACAACUACCACUACAACAACUACCACAACCACAACUACAACUACCACUACCACUACAACAACUACCACUACAACAACCACAACGACUACGACAACAACUACGACGACAACUACAACUACUACGACAACAACAACAACUACAACAACUACAACAACUACGACAACAACCACAACCACAACUACAACUACGACAACACCCUGCACGACAACAACCUCUACGACUACGACAACCACAACCACCACGACAACCACUACAACAACCACAACGACUACGACAACAACUACGACGACAACUACAACUACUACGACAACAACAACAACUACAACAACUACAACUACUACAACUACUACAACAACUACGACAACAACCACAACCACAACUACUACAACAACUACGACAACAACCACAACCACAACGACAACUACAACUACGACAACACCCUGCACGACAACUACCACAACAACUACAACAACCACAACGACAACCACAACUACUACGACAACAACAACCACAACGACAACUACCACAACUACAACUACAACUACAACUACAACAACUACGACUUCGACAACCACAACCACCACGACAACCACUACAACAACCACAACGACUACGACAACAACUACGUCGACAACUACAACUACUACGACAACAACAACAACUACAACAACUACAACUACUACAACAACUACGACAACAACCACAACCACAACUACUACAACAACUACUACAACAACUACGACAACAACCACAACCACAACGACAACUACAACUACGACAACACCCUGCACGACAACAACCACUACGACUACGACAACCACAACCACCACGACAACCACUACAACAACCACAACGACUACGACAACAACUACGACGACAACUACAACUACUACGACAACAACAACAACUACAACAACUACAACUACUACAACUACUACAACAACUACGACAACAACCACAACUACUACAACAACUACGACAACAACCACAACCACAACGACAACUACAACUACGACAACACCCUGCACGACAACAACCACUACGACUACGACAACCACAACCACCACGACAACCACUACAACAACCACAACGACUACGACAACAACUACGACGACAACUACAACUACUACGACAACAACUACGACGACAACUACAACUACUACGACAACAACAACAACUACAACAACUACAACUACUACAACUACUACAACAACUACGACAACAACCACAACCACAACUACUACAACAACUACGACAACACCCUGCACGACAACUACCACAACAACUACAACAACCACAACGACUACGACAACCACAACUACUACGACAACAACAACCACAACGACUACGACAACCACAACUACUACGACAACAACAACCACAACGACAACUACCACAACUACAACUACAACAACUACGACAACAACUACCACAACAACAACAACCACUACUUCAACUACAACAACUACGACGACACCCUGCACGACAACAACCACUACAAAAGCUCCUUGUACUAAAACUACUGAAGCACCCUGUACUACAACAACAACAUUAUCUACGACAACUGAGGAACCAUGCACAAAAUCAAUUACAACAAAAGCUCCUUGUACUAC